AAUGGGCGCAGGGUGGUGGCGGGCGGGCCCCAAGGCCUGGGGCUUUAGGAGGUGAGCGGGCCGCGGGCCCGCCUGACGCUGCUGCACCGCGGGAGGCGCAUGGCGGGCAUGGCGCUGGCGCGAGCAUGGAAGCAGAUGUCCUGGUUCUACUACCAGUACCUGCUGGUCACUGCGCUCUACAUGCUGGAGCCCUGGGAGCGAACCGUGUUCAAUUCGAUGCUGGUUUCCGUGGUGGGGAUGGCCCUGUACACCGGCUACGUCUUCAUGCCCCAGCACAUCAUGGCUAUACUGCAUUACUUUGAAAUUGUACAGUGACGAAGAUGUGACCAGGAUCCAGAGGUUCCUGGAAGAGAUAGAUCUACCUUGUGAAGUUGGAAUGAGACCUCAUCGGAUGUAAGAUGCGCUACAGAUGUCCACAUGACCAACCUUAUAAAUACAGAGACUUAAAAAAACUUCAUGAGUAGAACAGGAAAAACCAUCCUGGCUCAUGUGUUGUGUUUUUUCUUUUUGAUUUUAACAGAGGCCCUUAUAUAGUAGCUUUUAUCUAUUUUAACAUUGUAGUCAUUUGUACUUUGAUAUCAGUAUUUUCUUAACCUUUGUGACUGUUUCAAUAUUAUCCAGCGAAAGCUUUUCUUAAUGUAACUUUGAGUACAUCUCAAUUGCCUUCUAUUUUUAAAACCUAAGGUCAUUAGUUGAGCUUUACUGUUCUUGGUAUCCUGCUAUCAUAUGGCAUAUACAUCUGCCUGGAUAUAUUUCUACUCUUGACCAAAGUUUUGUAAGAAACAAUGUAGAAUUUGGGGAUGGGAGGGAGGAUACUUUGAGAACUACUUACAAAAGAUUUAUCUGCAAGCUUGACCUCAGGAGUACGGUUUUAACUCCCUAGACUCUUAACAGCGUUUGCUCUAAAACUAUUAAAGUGUUUCUUAGUAAUGUAAAAGUAAAGAUCUUGCUAACAUUAAUACAAGGAACAUUUCACCUUUUAGAUAUUAAAUUCUUAUGUGGACUUAUUUCCAACCAACUUUGACGAUUCCUGUGAGUUUGGGUGACUGGUGGCCGACUUGUGUGAUGCUGAGAUACAAUGUGGAGCUUUUCAUAGAAGGCAUAUUAUAGUCCUCUGAGGCAGUAUAGACCCUGUAUACUCUUAAGAGUUAAUUUGAUGUUGUAACAGGUGUCGUGAAAUGCAUUUGCAUAUUGUGACAAAGACACAAUGAGAUGAAUUGUUCAGAACCAUAGCCAAAAGAAAUGUAAACUUGCUUAAAAAUCCUCUCACUCUUUGUAUUUUUUUUAAAACAGUUUUUAUUCCUUAGAUGUAAAAUGACUACUUAAUUUUUUUUUUGAUGUAAACUCAUUAAAUUCAAAGAAAAAUGUAGCAGUCUCUUUUAUGGUU